AUGUCGCGUACUCCCAAGGAUAAUGAAGGCCGCCGUUCUCCUUCAGAUGAAGAGGACGAGCCCGUGGUGAUUCCGGCGUUUGACACUUCUGCUCUCAUAGCAAGGUUCUCUCUCACCCUCAUUGGAAGGACUUUCCACGUUGGGGGUAGAAGCACUGAGGCUCUCUUAGCCUUCAUGCCCAGAUCUGACAUUUGGGACGUUGCCGGAAGAGUCAGAGGCGUGGAUCUAGGUCAUGGUCGCUUCCACUUUGACUUCGAAUCUGAGGAGGACCUGCAGAAGGUUCUGAAGAAGCGACCCUGCCAUUUCAAUAAAUGGACAUUCGCCCUUGAGAGGUGGGAACCGAACAUUCAGGAAGAUUUUCCCAACUCAGUUACCUUCUGGAUUACUGUGCGCGGUAUCCCUCUCCACCUGUGGGUGAAAGAUGUUUUUCAAAGGAUUGGCGACUCUCUUGGUCUGGUUAAAGCGGUCGACGUCAAAGAGGGCAGGAUCUCGGUUUCUAUCGAUGUCACCCGACCCCUGAAGUUCAAGAAGAAGGUGCAGUUCAACCUGACUGAAAAAGUUACCGCCUCACUGGAGUACGACCGUCUUUACCGCUUCUGUGGCAACUGCCACAUGAUUUCUCAUGAGGAAGUUACUUGUCCUCUCCUCUCUGACCCUGCUCGUCGAAGAAACAGAGAGUCUAGGCGGACACCACUCCCUGGGGAUAACCGGCGUGUUCAUGGUCUCUCCUCUGAAAGAGCUCCAGCUCGCGCAAAAACAAGGCUCGAAGACAGACCAAGUAGAUCUGGUGGCGCAUCCUCACACCGUGAAGGAAGCAACAGACCAGUGGAGAACCCGACAUCUCUCCCGGAAGCUGUCACUCUGGUUCCCUCUCGUGGCCUCCCUCAACGAUCAGAGACAGCCGGAGACCGUGACCCUCGACUUCCCCGCCAUCGGGAGCAAUCAUCUCAGUCCUCCGCUGGCUCUCGGAAGAGACGCCCUUAUGAGUCCGCCGCUUCAAGCGCCGAGGUUAGGCGGGAGCCACACCGGAGUGGAGGUCAUCGGGUUUUCUCUAACCGGCAGAGGAAAGGUGAUUCGGUUCAGCGCCAACGGUCUCCUCCAUGCAUCGACCCUAGUUUUGAGCAAUGGGGAAACUCACGACCUCCUCGACACGAGUCAGGCAUCUGUAUUGUCGAGCUGUCUUCCCCUCCACCACCAGCCUCGCGAUCCCUGGCGCCUCAAGACAAAGGGAAAGGAAAAGCUGUUGCCGAAGACGACGAGGAGGAUGCUAAUAGUGAUAUCGGGGAUUUUGAAUCCUCUCCAAAACUCCUUGAGAUUGGAUCUGCUUCGGGAGAUAUUCACUCUCCACCAUUUGGUGAGAUCAUUCCUGCUUUGGAGGUCACUCCCAUGGAUUUCCCUGCUGAUAAAGAGCCGGAGAACGACGAAGUGCGGAGUAUGUUUGGCAACGAAUCUGUUCCGACAGACUGGGAGGAUAGAGUGGAUGCAACGGCGGAGGAUACAGAGCUGACGGAGGAAGACAUGCGGAUCCUGGACGAAUGCUUGAUGAUGACUGAAGGAGCAAUGGAGGAGGACGAUCUAUUGGGCGAAGACUUAGCAGCUGAGGAAUUUGCGGUGAGCUUGGAGCAUACAAUUUCUGAUGUUGUGGUGCCAAUCUCUCACUCGCCUGCAGUGACCCCUGCCAUUUCUCCAUCCCCAACCAGCAAAAGGGUGAGAUCUCCUGAUCAGUCUCUCGCAAGGAAGAACCAACGCUCUUCACCUCACGCCCGACAUGAGAAAAUGCAGGAUAAGAAGAAAAAGAUUCCAAGGAGCCCCAAGGUGAAUGCUGCUGUGUCAAAGAAGCUUAAACCCUCCAUCGACAUCUUCAACAGCUGCGCAUCAGGCUCGCAAUGCCCGCAGGGUGGCGACACCAAACCCCGUACCUGUUAUCAUCCCAAAAGCUAA